AUAUGUCGUUCUCGCAAUUUAUGGAGCUUAAAUCACAACGUUCUGGACUGACGCUGCGAGGCGCAACGCAGUGUUGGUCCCGUCGAAUCUCACACAGCAAUAUUAAAAUCUUUCUCGUUAUCGCGGUGUUUAGAGCUUGUAAUUCAUUGGCUUUGUAGGUUUGGCAGGAGAGGAGAGGAGAGAAGUAAAUAACAGGGCAGCGUUGAGUCCGACCUGCAGGUAGUAAGCAGGCGUAGAUACGGGGAUAUUUAACUCACACCGCGACGUAGAAAAUCUAGAGGGACAGAGACAGUGACCGUAAGGACAGCAAAACCAUUGAGAUUGGAUGCAAAGUUCCUUCAAUGUUAUUUUUAAUAGGACGAGGGGUUGAGCACCAUGUCCUGCUCCGGUAACCUGAUUUGGGAUGUAAGGAAGCGCUCCAUUGGGUUUAACGAACCAAAUGCUGUCAGGAUUAACUACCUAGGAAGAAGAGAAUUUGUCCAAAGACUCAAACUUGAAGCUACACUCAACGUACACGAUGGCUGUGUUAACACAAUAUGCUGGAACGACACGGGUGAAUACAUCCUCUCAGGAUCCGAUGACACCAGUCUGGUCAUCUCAAACCCAUACAACAGAAAGGUCAAAGCAGCCAUCCGAUCGGGCCACCGGGCGAACAUCUUCAGCGCCAAGUUCAUGCCGUGCACCAACGAUCAGCAGAUAGUGUCGUGCUCAGGGGACGGGAUCAUCUACUACACCAACACCGAGAAGAGCGCGGACGUCAACCGGCAGUGCCAGUUCACCUGUCACUACGGCACCGCCUACGAGAUUAUGACCGUACCAAAUGACCCCUACACCUUCCUGUCCUGCGGGGAGGACGGCACAGUCCGAUGGUUCGACGUCCGAAUGAAAACCAGCUGCACAAAAGAGGACUGUAAAGAUGACAUCCUCAUCAACUGUCGGCGGGCAGCUACCUCAAUAUCCGUCUGCCCCCUGAUGCCCUAUUACCUGGCAGUGGGCUGCUCCGACAGCUCGGUCAGGAUCUACGACAGGAGAAUGCUGGGCACCAGAGCAACAGGGUACUACACGGGCAGCGGGACGACGGGGAUGUGCGUGCGCUUCGUCCCGGCGCACCUGGCCAGCAAGUCGUGCCGCGUGACCUCGCUGUGCUACAGCGGCGACGGCCGGGAGGUCCUGGUCAGCUACUCCUCCGACUACAUCUACCUGUUCGACCCCAAAGACGACCAGGCCCGCGAGCUGAAGGGCCCGUCCGAGGAGAGGAGGGAGGAGCUCCGGCAGCCCCCGGUGAAGCGCCUGAGGCUAAGGGGGGACUGGUCCGACACGGGACCCCGCGCACGGCCCGAGAGCGAGAGGGAGCGCGACGGGGAGCAGAGCCCCAACGUGUCUCUGAUGCAGCGCAUGUCCGACAUGCUGUCCCGCUGGUUCGAGGAGGCCAGCGAGGCCCAGAGCAGCAGAGGGCGCCCGCAGCCACGCCCACGGGUUCGACCAGAGGGGGGCGCCUCCGCUCCAGAGCCCACCCCGCAAGACACUGUGCCGGCCACUGAGGGUCCAAUGGAAGUGGAAACUACUGCCGAGCCCCUCCCUAAAUCGACUUCCACCUCCUCCUCCUCUUCUGGCUCCUCCUCCACGGUCACGGCCCCGCCCCCGUCCACGUCCUCGUCCAUGGAGAGCCCCCCCUCCUCCUCCCUCCUCUCCUCCCCCGACGCAGAGCAGAAGAGCCAGGCUGCCGCUGCCGCUGCCGCCGCCUCCACCACGCCCACGCCCACGCCCACGCCCACCCCCCCGACAGAGCCCGCACAGUCCGAGCCUGGGCGUCGGGGGGUGCCGGUAAGUGUAGUGUGCAGGCGUCUGCAGAGGCUGCUGCUGCUGGCCGGGCCCCCCGGACGGGACGAGCGAGCGCGCCCCCGCCCCGCCCGCCUGAACCCCUCCCCUGGGGAUGCCCCCCAGGAAACCCCUCCCUCAGAUUCGCCCUCGUCGGUGGUAAACAAACAGCUGGGAUCCAUGUCUCUGGAUGAGCAGCAGGGAAGCUCAGAGGCUGGGGGCGGGACCGGGUCCGGUUCUGGGACGGGGAGCAGUACUGGGACGGGGAGCAGUAUUGGGAUGGCGAGCAGUACUGGGAUGGCGAGCGGGAGGCCCGGGGGAACAGAACCGGUCCUAAGUCUACACUACAGCACAGAGGGAACCACUACCAGCACCAUCAAACUGGACUUCACAGAUGAAUGGAGCAGCAGCGCUCCAUCCAGCUCCAGGGGCGGCGGCGGCAGCAGCCACAAGCCAGGCGGGACGCAGGACAGCCAGCUCAAACCGGGCAGGACAGAGGGCAGCCCAGGCCAGCGGAGGACAGAAGAGCCGUUGCCCGAGAGCUCGGAGCAGGCAGCCACCGCCUCGUCAGAACCAGCAGGGCAGGGGAGUGGGUCAGGUCCAGAAACGGACCAGCCGAAGGGGGAGAAAGCCUGCAGCGUCACGGACAAGACCUCCGGCCCUGAGAAUAACUCGUCGGCCAAGACCCCCGCGGAGGUCUCCGCCCCCAUGGAGCAAAGCUCCGCCCCCCAGUCCACAGGAGAGGAGCCCCAGGGGGCCGAGCCGGCCAAUCCCGCCGAGUCCUGCCGACGGAGCGAGCCAACGGGAGAGGGGGGGCGGGCACAGGGUUCCCGCGGCAACCAGGACUCGGACGACAGCGACGACGAUCCCAUCCUCCUGCCUGCCACAAGGUACCGUGGGGGACAGGGACAGAGAUUUAAUUUCAGAGGAUCAGCAGUAGGCGAGAGAAUGAUCAGGCGUUCUGCUGCCGCUCGUAUUCAGGAGCUUUUCCGUCGGAGGAAGGAACGGCGGGAGAUGGAGGAGAGCGAGACCCAGAAUAUUCGGCGGCCCACCGUCAAAAUGGUCUACAAGGGCCACCGCAACUCCAGAACAAUGAUUAAGGAGUCCUGUUUUUGGGGAAGUAACUUUGUCAUGAGUGGCUCGGACUGCGGCCACAUCUUCAUCUGGGAUCGGCACACGGCUGAACACCUGAUGCUUCUGGAGGCCGAUAACCAUGUGGUCAACUGCCUACAACCCCAUCCUUAUGACCCCAUUCUUGCCUCGUCUGGAAUAGACUACGAUAUCAAGAUCUGGUCUCCACUGGAAGAAUCACCAUCCUUUAACACAGUGCUGGCUGACGAGGUGAUCACACGCAACGAGCUGAUGCUGGAGGAGACGAGGAACACAAUCACAGUACCUGCGUCCUUCAUGCUGCGAAUGCUGGCCUCCCUCAAUCACAUCAGAACAGACCGACUGGAAGGCGAUCGAUCGGAAGGGUCUGGACAGGAGAACGAGGAUGAGCAGUAGCCGCUUUGUCUUCUUUUGCUACGAAGCACUUGAACAGCUGAGAUUUGUACACGUAAAAUGUAGAAUAUUUUCCAUAUCUGAGCAGUAGUGCAUUUUUUAGCUUCCUUUUUUUUUAUUAAAAAAAUGAAAUUACCUUUCUUACCAUUUCCUUGAGAGUGCAUCUGGGAAGAAAAGAAGAAAAAGGAAAUAAUUUAAAGGUGUAAAUAAAAAAUAAAAAAAUUGGAUGGCUGGUGCUUGAGGAUUUAAAGUGCAAUAUUCUUUUUUCAGAAGCAAAUGUUUGAGGUUGGGUCAGUGUUAAGGUGUGAGUUUUAAUAUAGCUAAAGAGUAAAGAACUCAAAUGUUUGUAUACUUGCGGUUAUGCAUGUUAAUGUACGAAAUUAUGAAAAUUAUGCUUUAAGUAAACAAUUUUGUUGUUUAAACUGCUUUAACAUUCUUUUGUCUGUAAAAGGCCUUGCGUUUUUGCUCAUUUUACCACACCGUUUCCAUAUAAAAUAUCUGAUGUUUGCUCAAACUCCCCACAUACAGUAAAUGAUAGCUUGCUUCUACCUUGCUGCAAGACAUGUUUACAGUUAAUGCACUAUUACCAUGUCUAUUGUUUGUCAGUUGGCCGGGAAAAUGUUGUUGUUGUUUUGUUUGAGAAUGUCAUAUGGUGAGGUCCACGAUAACACUGAAGAUUAAUGGUGGACUCUUUAAGUGUGUUCACUGGUUGAGAUUAAAUGGUUUGGGAAUCUCUCAUUUAAAACAGUUCAA